CGGUCUCUUCUUUAGGCAGGCCUUUGGCGAUCUGUCUAUUAAUCUGUGGUUAAAGUUAGUACACAACAGAUGAAUUGAGGUUAAAACGGAUUGCUUACUCGUACUCGUUAUGAAGAAUAUUCUGUGCCUGUUCCUUAUUUUCGCUAAUUUAUGCGAGCAAUACGUCAUCGCGGAACAUGAAGAGGACCCGUCUACGGAUCUGUACGUGAUCGAGGGAAAAGUGUUUCCCUGGGACAACACUGCUUCUAGCGGAUGGCAGCUCAUGACGCAUGUAAUGGCCAACGGUGGUGAACAUUAUGGCUUUUUGAGGGAAGAUGGCACAUUUAUAAUUUCCAAUGUUCCAUCAGGAUCGUACAUGGUUGAGGUGGUGAAUCCAAAUUAUGUUUAUGAACCAGUCAGAGUGGAAAUCAAUUCUAAAGGAAAAUUCCGAGCUCGUAAAGUAAACUUGAUACAAACAUCGCAAGUGAUUCAAGUACCUUAUCCAUUAAAAAUGAGGCCUCUAGCACCAUUUCGAUACUUUCAAGUUAGAGAGCAAUGGCGAAUGACAGACUUCUUAUUUAAUCCCAUGGUAUUAAUGAUGGUUUUGCCACUUGUCUUAAUUAUGAUUCUGCCAAAAAUUAUGAAUGACCCUGAAACUAGAAAGGAAAUGGAGCAAUUAAAUAAUCUCACUAUUUAUAAUAUGCCAGAAAUGUCUGAAGUGAUAACAUCUUUUCUUUCUGGAGGAGAGAAACAAAAAUCAAAGGCUGUAAAAGCUGCUAAGAAAAGGCAAUAAUUUAUUAAUUUAUUGUCUUUUGUAGAUGAUUGUAUAUGUUUACUCUAGUCGUUAUUUAAUAUAUAAGAAUAUCGACAUCAAAAACAGGACACCUUUGGGAAAAAAAUGUUUCAAUUACUUAAAUAUCGUUUAAGAUGAUAGUUAACGCACUAAAUCUUUGAACUUACAAGUUUGAAAGUGUCCAAUAUAUGUAUAAUUAAUUUCUUGUAGUAUAAUUGCUAAAAUUAUUUUGUAUUUUCUACAUGUGUGCAAACAAAGAAAUAGUAAAACAUUAGCAAUUUCUUAAUUUACUAUUAGUUAUAUAAUUAUUGUGAAUAAGUAAAAAAAACUGACAUAUGUAAUGUAUAAUAUUAGUAUAUCACAAAAAUGAUAUGCAUUGUAGUAUAAUUGUUGCACUUUACAUAAUGACAGUCUGGCUACACUUCCCUAUAUUGGUUACUCACUGUGAUGGUUAUAUUAAUUCUGUCUCAUAUAAAAUAUUACAAUUUCCAUACUGUUACAAUUUUGUAAAUCGUAAAAAGAGAUGUCUUUAUAAUACCGUAAAUAAAUAAAACAACUGUAUUAAUUAA